GGGCGGAAUCAUGUUUCUCUGAAUAGAGCUGUUGGAAGGAGGUGAAUAGGAGAAAUGUGGACUCACACUCGGAGUGAGGCACCAGUCCAUGCCUCCUCAAUGCCUGCUGGACUGGACAACAGGAGAGAGCUUUCAUCUGCAUUAAAGAAUCUGCCUCAGACCAAAACCGCUCUGCGCCACAUUGAGAAUCACCUGGAGGCUGUCCCCAGCAGCGGAGUGAUGCUGGCCUCGGUCGCGGACAGCAGAAAGACAUCUGGUACCGGCACGCGCAAAGUCAGUCGAAGAGAUGGGCAACACUCAGAAGACCCCAGCGUCGCAGCGUCUAAAUCCAGAGGACGGGCCGGCCACAGUCCUGACAAGAGCUCACGCAGCCCCCUGAGAAGCACCACGCUGGAUAACAACGUGAGGAAAGACAGUGGAGUGGAGUUUAAGGACCCUCUGUCUUCUUACAGGGAACCGACAACUCCUCCGUCUGCAGCUUAUCUGGAAGCCCUAGGGCUGCUACCAGAGACAAGCUGUUCUGCUCUACAGGACCCUGCACCGAGUCAGAUGGUGUACCAGCGAGACACUCGUAAUCAGCAGACUUUUGAUCUGGACAGCACACGCUCUUCGGCGUUCGAAAGCACAGCGGUGCGCUACCUCAACGACCAGCACGCGCUCGACCUCGCCGCGGCCCGAGGCGUCGCGAGAGCCGGCGGCCCCGGCAGAGAGAGGCCGGAGCCCAGGGCCGCGGAGUCCUCCCUCCUCAACGAGAUCUCCCAGGCCUCCUCCAGCCCCGGCUCUGCCUCCCACCGGCUGGAGAACCUGCGACGCAGGCAGCCCGACGACAAGCUGGAGAAGCUGAAGGAGCGGAUCCGACGGCAACGCGAGCACCUGGAAGAGAGCGCGGAAAGAGACAGGCUGCUGGGAUACCUGGAACAGCCGGUGGGCAUCGGCGGGGCGGCGGGGGUCAACGUCACGGUACCCGCCGCUAAAGUACGAAAAGUCACAACGGCUCCUCCCCCACCGAUUUACAAAGGUUUCAGCACCAGUGAAACUAAAAUCCGAACUCCGGACGGGAAAGUAUGGGGAGAGGAGGCGUUCCAUAACCUGAGCAGAGAGAUCUACAGGGACCUGACUCGUCAACUUACCGAAAGCACAAAACCAAAGCAGAAGGCUCCAGAAAAGGUGAAGGAGAAGAAGCCAUCCAAGCCUGUGAGAAAAAUCCACAGAUCAGCCUCCGUUCCAGACCCAGACACCAAAACAGCAAUCAGCACGUCGUCAUGGCGAGAUGGACAGAGACUGGUGAAGAUGAUACUGGGUCCAGCGCCACGGCUGCCAAGGGAAUCCCAGACUGACUCAACGGCCAGAGCCACCAGAACAGGGCCGAUGUCGAGAUCCAGCUCCGAUCCUCGGCCGCAACUCAAUCAGAGAUCCAGGCCCAGUAGCACGCAGAGAUCCCGUCAACGCGGCAGGUCAGAGGAGCACGGGAGGGGAUCCGAGAUGUCUCAGAGCGGGUCCGCCCGCCCGGUGGGCGCGGAGAGGGAAAAGACCUCCAACGCGGACCUUCUGUCCGCGGACAUCCGGGGCAUCCUGGACGACCUGCAGCUAGACAGCAAGGAGGAGGAACCGAGACGGGAGAGCAGGCAGAGACGGCCGGCUUCCGCCAGUCACGCCCGGGCCUCCGCCAGGGUCUCCCGCAGCGCCAGCCCGGGUAAGGGCGCGGCCGAGGCGCCGGAACCCGCGCCCAAGAGACGGCACUACGACGCAGACACGGUACGACAGUACAUGGCCCGGCAGCAGGAGGAACGCAAGCGGAGGCUGGCGGAAGAACGCAGAGCCCAGAGGGAGGAGACGGAACGAAAGAACAAACGACUGCAGGAGCUGUAUAAACGACAGAGAGAAGGCGUGGCCAAAGCGCACGCCGUCCCUGACAGCCCGGCCCACAAACGACUCCAGGAAACCUACACCAAGCUAUUGCUGGAGCAAGCCCAACUGGGAGAAGAGCUCCCCUGUGCCCCAGCACCAACAAUUGUCAGUCAACAGCUGAGGCCCCUGUACCAGCCGUCUGGAGAGUCAGACAAAGAGAACAAGAGACAGGACCGGCCUCAGAGUGCUUCCUCCAGCAGUGACCUGUCUCUGCACGAGCACCAGCCACAGCCGCUCUCCAGGAAUGACCUGGGAAUAGCAGGAUCGUCUUGGAUGCAGCCGGACUGGUGUAACCCUGCUGUUGUUAGGAACAGCGGUCCUCUGGCACCCCCCUCAGGCCAGCUAUUUACCCGUCUCCUAAAUCUGGACUCUGAGCCUACAGUACCAGACAGGGACGGCACGCACGCCAGGUCUCACCCGGCCGCCUUUGGCGGCCCUGCGGCGGACUCAAGCCGAAGCAAGAUGAGCCGCAUCGAGGCCCUGAGGGCCACGGCGACCUCGCUGUCGAGCCGCAUCGAGAGCGAGGCCCGGAAACUCGCCGGGGCCGGCGUCAACUACGGCUGCGCCCACGACAUGGGCACCGGCCUCCCGACGCAACCGCAAGAGGAACACCGCUGGGCCAAACUAGCGAGCCCCCCCGUGAAAGAGGGCUCGUCCGACCCGGACGACCUGGCGCUGAAGAUCCGGCAGCUGCUGAGCGCCGGCCACACCACGUACGACGGGGUUCUCCCGGGAGCGGGGAACUUACACAGCUUCAGAGAUCAACGCGAGAGAGGUACGGACGCAGGGGACCUCCAGUCUACGGCCGCCCGCUCCCCCCCCACCUUCCGAAACCAGUCUGAGCGGCACCUGCGGACCCCCCCUCAUAACACAUUUAAAAACAACCACCUGGACUCCAGCGGAGGGUCCAUCAGCGAGGGGCCGCUGCUUAGCGAGGGCAGUCCGUCAGAAGGGGCCGGAAGUCCCCGCGACAGCCUGGAACGGGUGCCGAAAGCAGCUCAGCACUUUGGGGCGACGGACUUCUGCGCCGCCCAGCACAACGGCUUUGACCAAAUCUCCCGCUUCCAGAGGGAGGCGGAGAAAUACUCGGCGUACAACGCCGGCCCAAUGACGCGGGAGAGCAAAGGUCCGUGGGAGGAGCUAGCGAAGGGAAGCCCGCACAGCGUCAUCAAUAUAUUCACCAAGAACCUCAACAGCUACAACAAAGUGAUGGAAGAGAGAGGUGAGAGGGGUUCCCCUGCAGUGUGUUCCAACCUCUCCGUCGCCAACUCGCUCGACGGUGCGGCGUACGAGGAUGACUUCAUAUCGUCCCACGGCAGCGGAGAUGUCAGUCAUUCAUCAGCCAAGAGAACGCCGAACGGACUCAGUGAUCACAUUGUGAACAGCCCUGCUGAAGAGGCUCUGAGAGGCAGGUCUGCGUACGAGCCCAGAGCCUCGGAUCUGCUCCCCCAGCGCUCCUCAGGCUCCACUCCAGUCUCCUCGCCGCGCUCAGACAGCUCCGUCUCCAAGAGAGCUUCCGAAAAGGUUGUGGAGCGCCCCCUGGUGGAGGGAUUAAGGAGCGUGUCGUCUCUGGCCUCGGAUCUCAUGUCUAACGGUUCCAGGAGAGGAGGCUCUGAGAGGGGCUCUGCCCGCAGCUCUGUUAGAGGAACAGACACGGAUAGCACACUAGGGGGCGCCUCAGUCCCAUCUAUUCACAGUUUGGGAUCUGAGAGUAAGAGGUCCCCCAGAAGCCCCGUUGGUACCCCGUCCGCUUCUCCAAUCGGCUCUGCGUCCCCGAGGGUGUCACCAGGCAGCGGCUCUCCUCCAGGAGCAGUUAGUAAAGGCUCAGGCUCCCCGCACGCUACCCAACCCAGAUCCUCCUCGUCCUCCUCGUCCACAGUCAGAGGAAAAACAUUUGCUCCACCCAGUGGAGCGGAGCCUCACCCUCCAGCCUCGGGCGAGCUGCAGUUCAACCCAGCGGCGCUCCACCAGCGUUUCUCUGCUGAGUUCAGCUAUCUGGACGCAGUGGAGGAGUCUGUCAGACAGCUGAGCGAUGCAGAGCGUGUACGCGGCGUGUGUCUCGCUCAGCAGGAGAGUGUAUCCCUCGCUCAGAUACUGAAGGCACAGCAGCAGAGGCACGAGCGUGACCUUUACAUGCUGAAGAUGAAGGCGGAGCAGGAGGCCUUGGAGACCAAACGGCAACUAGAGGAGACGAGACAGAGAGCUGCACGGGCUCACGCAGAGCUGCAGGAGAGCAUGGUGCAGGCCCAGCACGCGGCUUUGGGAGGCCUGCACGAGACAGCCAGUAAAAUGAUCAGCCAGCAGGCUGAGGCAGCACGCAACACCGCCGACGCCGCCCGCCACAUCAGAGAGAUGACGGAACUGGCCCGCUCUCAGAUCGCAGGGGCUCUAACCGUCCCAGCGCCUCCCGCCACCAACGCUCUUUACGAGAACCAGGGCCAAGAACAGCACGGCUUUGUAAAACAGCUCCAUUCACACACAGAUACAGACAGCUCUAAGAGUGCGGCAUCUCCGGGAAGAACCAGAUCAGAUGGUCCAGCCACACCCCUAGACAGUCUCUCAGGAUCCAUACCAUCCAGGAGACCCACAAUCAGCGGCGGUGGCAGCAGUAACAGUGCUUCGGCGGGGUCAUCUGAUCACAGAGACAGGAGUACAGGGAGCAGAAAAGCCGCUGUCAGCUGUUCAGUGGAAGAAGAGGUCCACACCGCAGCAGACGAGUCCAUCCGCACUGAUAGUGCCCCUUCCUUGGUCGAUGAAAAGGGAGACAGCACCUCAGUAGCCUCCGAGUACUCGCUGAAGUUUGACGAGUCCAUGACGGAGGACGAGAUUGAGGAGCAGUCGUUCCGCUCACUGCUUCCCUCAGAGGCCCACCGCAGAGGGACGAUGGAGAAGAGGCACAGCCCGCGUGGAGAGCCGGACGACGACCGCGGUCGAGAAAGACCCUCUCCUCACGACCACUCAAAGGACGGUAGCAUGGCUUUCUCCAGCGGGCAGGACAGCUUCUCUAAGUUCACCAUGGAGAUGGUGCGUCAGUACAUGAAAGAGGAGGAGGUGCGUGCCCAGCACCAGAGCUCCCUGCUGCGUCUGCGUCAGAGGGCCCUGAAGGAGAAGACCAAAGCCGAACUGGCCUGGUUGGAACAUCAGAAAAGACGCCUCAGAGACAAAGGUGAAGACGACAAGAUGCCUCCCAUCAGAAAGAAGCAGAGAGGUUUAAUACUGAAACUGCAGCAGGAGCAGGCUGAGAUUAAGCGUCUCCAGGAGGCCAACAGAGCAGCACGGAAGGAGAGGCAGCUGCUCCUCAAACAACAGGAGGAGAUAGAAAGGAUGCGGAGCACUACCCUCAAAAUCAAAGAACGCCUUAAGUGUGCUGGAGAGGCCAACCAGGAGUCGUCGGUCUCUGAUGCUUUGGAGGAGACAGCCGCGCCUAGCGUCAUAGUAACAGACGCCGAAACGCGAAGCCCCUCCCCUGUGUCGGUGUCGGGGAGCGAGACGAGCAGCAUCAUGCAGAAACUGAAGAAGAUGCGCUCUCACAUGGAUGAAAAACACUGCUCUCCUGUCCACUACUUCUUCUCUGUCUUUACCGCCCACCACUGGGCCUCUCUCAGUGUCUGUCUCCCAAACCUCCAUCCCAAAUUCCAGUUGUUUAUCUACAACCAGUUGGUCAGGUUCCUGACUAAGCGCGAGCAGCAGCUGAUGCAGCGGCGCAGGCAUGCGGAGGAACUGCUGGAGUGGAGGCACAGGCUGGACGCUGAGGAAGUCGAGGUACGUCGCAUGGAGAAGCAGGCCCUUGCCGCGUGGGAGAAAGACGAGGCCCACAGCACACAGCAGCGAAGGGACAGCCCCUCCGCCAGCACCAGUCCAAAGGCCAACGGCAGUCCAGGAGGCCCAACAGACAGAGAGGUGGGAAGUGAGGAUGACUAUUCUCCAGCGCCAUCCGUGUCCAGCGUACACACUGAACUCUCCGCACAAGAGCAGCUGGCCAGCCCUUCUACCGACCGGCCAGUCUCUGAGGUCCUCUCCACGCAUAAGACCAGUAGUCCUCCAUCAGACACGGCCUACUCUCAGGAGUUUGAGUCUUCCUCCGAGAACAAGCGAUCUCCCUCAGGUAAAGCCAGUCUCAGCACUUCCAGACACCCAGACAGCAGCAGGGCCGGCACUAGCGCAGGCAGCAAGAGCCAGUUGCGUUCCGUGUCCAGGACCACUGACCCCCGUGUUACAGACGCCCCUUCAUCCGCACCGUCCGAGUCAACAUCAGACCAGAGUGACAUUGAGAGCCGGAUUCGAGCCCUCAAGGAGGAGCUGCGCAAACGAAAGUUGGUCGCCUGCCAGCUUAAGAAAGAACAGAAAAGGCGACACAAGGAGCGACUGAAGGCUCAGGAAGCCAGCCUGCUGAAACAGCUGGAGUCUUAUAAUGACUUCAUUCAGAAGACCACAGCUGAACUGAAUAAAGAACCUGACAGCACACCGGCCGCUAAACCCCAGAUUAAAGCGCCCACGUCAGCUACAGAAAAGCCCAGAAUAAAACCCCCGCCUCUUCAAAGGCCAGAAACCAGUAAAAACUGGAAGAUUGUCACAGAGUCAGACAAAUCAGAGAAGGUUCUUACAGACUCUCCCAUAGAUAAAGAUGAUCCCACAGCAUCAGAACACAGUAAAUACACCUCAGUGCAUGAGGAUAUCUCCUCAGAUGAGGAUCCUCCUACAGUCACCCCUACUCCAGUUCUGGGAAGCCCUGAACACAUGACUGGUCUAAAGAGCCUAUUGUCACCGGAGCCUUUGCCCAGUCAUUUCUCAGAGCAUGGAUUUGGCCAGGAGGAGCCUGCAAAGCCACAGGUCACUGACUCUGGUGACGAGAGCAUCAUCUCUAGCCACAGGUCAGAGGUUGUGGAGGAGCUAGAGUUUGUGAAGUCUGAGGGAUCUGAAAAUGAGCAUCAUUCUCAGUCAGGUGAGCAUUCUGGACCCCUGUUCAAACUGGACCUGCAGGCAUCUUCCCCACAGCUACCUUCUCUGGAGCAUAAGGACUCCCCAGAAUCUGGAGAAGAGAACCAGUCUAGAAUGAGGAACCAUCAAGAGUCAACACGAGACGAUUCUGUUGAUUCAGAAAAGGACUCAAAGUUCAAGGAACCACUUUCAAAUCUGUCCACCGUAGAGAAGCCUCAAAUUCCAGACCAUCAGUCUACGGAGAAAAGCCCCUCAAUCGUAGACCGCUCCUAUACUCCUGACUUAGAGACCGUGUCCAACACAGCAGAUCUAGCAAAUCACAAGCAAGCAUCUUCACCCUCAGUUCCUGGUUAUAAUGAUGACUUUGAAUCCUCGUUUGAGUCAUCUUUGAGGGAGGACAAAAAAGGGUCAAAGCCUGCUUCCCCGUCCAUUGCAGAGAACACAGAGAAGUCCUACAAGAGCCCAUUCUAUAGCAGUGAGGAAGAAAUUGAAGAGGAGCUCAGUGUUAAAUCAGGCACCACCAAUGGCAGCUUCCAUCAUGAAAAACCUGUGGAGCUUAACAGUCAGGCCAGUGACUUGAGGGAAGAGUUCAAGGAAGACACCAGCCACCUCAAAAAGGUCCCAACGUCUAUGCCAUCCCAAACACCACAUUCUCAGAUAGAUGAAAUGCCAAGCUUCAGUGUUGGAGAUAGGGUGUUAGUGAGCAAUGUUCAGCCAGGCACCUUAAGAUUCAAGGGACAGACUAACUUUGCCAAUGGAUUCUGGGCUGGAGUGGAGCUUGACAAAUCUGAGGGAAGUAACAACGGUACAUAUGAUGAUGUGGUGUAUUUCCAGUGCAGAGAAGGUCAUGGCAUCUUUGCCCCUCCGGACAAAAUAUCUCAUCUACCUGAGAAGUUUGAAACCUACAGUGAUAACACAGAAGAUGAAGACUCCUUUGACGAGCAGUCUAACAAGAAGGCCAAGAAGCACAGCUCAGAGAAUCAGGCACUAGACAGGAAUCUGAUGAAUAAAAAAGAGGAGAAGUCUAACAAAAGUGAAUUUAGUGAAAAGGGAUCUUCUGAUGAUACCGAUAAGCCAGUUGAACUCCAGACAAAACUGACCUCUUCAGGAAAAGACAACUUUUUAAAAUCAAACCUCAACCUUGACUUGAGUGAUAUUAACUACAAGAUCCUUGACAAUUUGGAUGGAGACAAGCAUCCAGUGCCUAAUGGAGGGAGCAGAGAUAUUAUUCUGGAGUUUGAAGAUGCAUCAGCUAAUGACGGUGGUCUUCAGAUUGCUGACCUUGACAAAGCUGCAUCCAAAAACCAGGCACCAGGGACUGACAAGUCCACAGUGGAUCUCCACCAGGGGACAGCUUCUCUCUCCUCAGAGGAACUGAUUGUUCCGAAGGUAGAUGAACAAGACUCGAACGAGAGGAAAACCCUGGAUGCUUUUGCAGAUACACUCCUUGACAACUUUGUGAAGGAUGCUGUGAAGCAGUUCCAACAUAUAAAGAAAAAUAAAGAUGAAAAGAUAAUGGCUGCUAACCAGAUAAAAGGGGAUUUUGUCAAUGAGGAUGAUGGACUCGGAGGGGUUAAGGUUUCCCUGCUCAGGCCUUCAUCCAGUAGAUCUGUAGACAGUUUUCGCACAUUCUUCGAUGAUGAGCAAGAGGAAGUGGCUUCCCCAGAGCUUUGUAACCGCCCGAAGAGUCCUGUGCUGGGGGCAAGUGGUCAAGAGGAGUUGGCUAAGCGCCUGGCAGAGCUGGAACUGAACCAAGAGCUGUUGGACUUUGUGGAGGAGCCGGACUGGUUUGACGAGGACUAUGGCCUCAGUUCUCGGAAGGAGCAGCAGAAGCUGAAAAGGCAGCAACAGCAGCAGCAGCAGGAGGGCCUCACAGGCUCCCUAGGCCUGAGUACAGGAGAGGUCAAAACCCCACCCAGACCUGAACUGCCUGUGCAGGCCAAGACUCCUGAAGAACCAGUCAUGAUUGUGCCUCACACCGCUCCUGAGGUAGAGAAACUGGUUAGUGCAGCUACUCAGGAGAUCUGGACACGCUGUAACCUGGGCCAAGGCUGUCAGACGCUGACCGAUGCUUCUAAGCCUCAAGCCUCUAAAGAGUUCCUGGGUAGUGACACCGAAGACCAGGAGGCUUGCUGUAAACGAAGCUACAGACAGGCUGUAUUUGAUUUGUCAUGGGAACUCAUCCAGGAGAUCUUUGCAGAAGAUCCUAAUAGUGCUCAACCACAGUGGGUGAAACCCCGUCGUGUUAGUUCAUCCUACUCGCACAGAGUGAAGUGUCCUAAUGACAUGUCUAAAGUUCAGGAAUUUGUCACUUCAGAGGUGCUGAAGUUGUAUGGCCUGAAGAAGGACCAAAAUCAUAAAAUGGAUUGGCAGAAAAUGUUGAAAUUUGGAAGAAAGAAGCGAGACAGGGUUGAUCAUAUCCUGGUUCAAGAGCUGCAUGAGGAAGAGUCACAGUGGGUGAACUAUGAUGAAGAUGAGCUCUAUGUCAAGAUGCAGUUGGCGGAUGGUAUCUUCGACGCUUUGCUGAAGGACACGGUUGAAGUCCUGUCUCAAAUUCACGAGAAAAGAUCCAAAAGAGCCGUUUGUUGAGGUCGAUACCUCAAGAGAUGUAUCUCUUAAGGUGCCCACUGCACUGAAGACCGCGCACGCAGAUUCGGUCUAAUCUCCUCAACAUCCCGGUUCAGAAAAAGGUUCUUGUGUUCAGCCUUCUUUUAAGCCCUGAAGCAAGUUGUGGAGAACGUCGUUUCCAUCAGGAGGCUCUUCACUGCAGCCUUUUGGUGUUAUGUGAAAAUGCACAGCCAUCCCUUUGGCAAACCUUCCCACUGGGUUUAGUCCUUAUGUCCCUGGUAGGCCUAUGCUUUGCCCUGCAUUAAAUUUCUCAUUGCUGCUAUAUAACUGACUGUUCCUCUGUGUGACCAGGUCUUGUGUUAGGAAUUCAAUAGACAUUUUGGGAAUAAGGUGAUACCCAGGAAAAAAAAAAAAAAGAUGAUAGUUUUUAUUGGGAUAGAUUCAAUUUGAUUGUAAAAGCAAAACACAAAAUGUUGGCCGCUAUUGUUAUAUUAAUUUAUUUGAAAAAGGAAAAAAAAAUGAAUUGUAUUUAAAUUUGUGAGAAAUGUUUUAAAACGUUGAAGAGAUUAGUCUACCUUUCACAGAAAUAAAUUGUAUAACUGAAUGUGAAAAAUGGCAAUAAAAUGUAAAGGGAGUUGUUCCAUAGUAAUAUAAAAACAAAUGCAAAAAAAAGAUGUGUAUUUAACAUGUUUAACAGCCUGACUUUUAAAGGCAAUGGCUAUGAGCACUGUCCUUGAUAUGGUUUUUGCUGUCACUUUCUCGAUGAUGACAACCUGGCAGUAGAAAAAACAAAAACAAAAAACGGAUGCCAAGAAAGUUCAAAUAUGUUAUUUUAAAAGUAUUGAUUAUGAUCUUGCUGGAUUCUAGCCUUAAAAUUAGCCUUUUUUAUCUCAUUCGUUUUAAGUGCCUCUCUGGUUCUAUGUUGACUCACCUCAUUGAGCCACAAAAUUAUCCCAGCCUU